AUGCCUAAGUAUGCCAAGUUCUUAAAGGAAUUACUCACAAAUAGAAAGAAGAUGGAAGAGGUAUCCAACGUGGUUCUCAAUGAAAAUUUUUCAGCAACAAUGUUGAAAAAAUUGCCAAAGAAGAUGGGUGACCCGGGUAGUUUGACUUUGCCAUGCCGAUUCGUGCUAGAUAUGGAAGAAGACCAUCAAGUGCCAAUCAUUCUUGGACGACCUUUCCUAAACACUGCAAGUGCCAUAGUGGACAUAAGAGAAUCCAAACUUACCCUUCGGGUGGGAGAGGAGUCAGUUACUUUUGGAGUUGAUCAAGCUAUGAAGCAUUCUAAGUAUAGUGACAACACAAAAUUCUCGUUGGACACUUUGGAAGAACUAAUGGAAUAA